CGGCUCCCUAGGACAGCGCUGCGGGGCCGGGAGGGGCGCGGCGCUUCUGCUGCGCUAUGCCCGGCUCCUCAGGCGGGCUGCGGGGGCGAGGACACACCUCAAAAAGGGCUCUCCCGCAGCCCCAGCGCCCUGAGGGUAAAACCCCGAGUGAAACGCGAGCGACACGAGCGCUCCCACGCUACCGUCAGCGGCUGGCUGAAGCGCGCCCGGCCGCCAUCUUGACUGCGGGCAGUGCCGUGCGGGAGCCGGAGCCAUCUUAGCCCGGGGCAGCCCAGCUGCGGCGGAGCGGGGCCGGUCCCACCGGGACGAGGGCGCUGCGGGGUGCCACGGCCCGGCCGCAGCUGUCGUGAGGGGCUGGGAGGGUCCGGGGCCGGCCGGGGGCUAAAGGGGCCGCGGGCUGUGAAAUAGGUGGGAUAUUUCUCCUGUUCCUGGCGAGUGGGUUGAUUUUCGUCAGAUGCCCGCCUGAGAUAAAGUGAUUGUGGUGUUACGUGAUGCUUCUAAAGUAGAGAGGAGCCAACUUCCCGAAAACUUGUUUCUUCUUCCUCUGCAUUUAAACAGCUGCGCAGCUACAUCUUCCUCUCCCUAGUACAGCUAAAUUUCCAGCUGCCUGGACCCACACUUUGGAGCAGUGUGGCAGGGUGACUGCCAGAAAAAAGCUUUGGACAUCAUGUGUUGGACUGCAAAAUCUUUUAUCCGAGGGCUAAGCUUCAGUGUCAAAUACUGCUCUAAGGACAACCAUCUUCAAACAAUAUGUCUCUAUAGUAAAUUAAAACCAAAAAAAUGCCACAUCCUGGACUGGCCAGGAAGCACACGCAACAGCACUGUGCCACCUGGAAGUAUCCUGCCAUGGAGAUUCCUUUCCUGCAAGCAGGAAGGGACAGAAAUCCCGUGCAAAAGAAAAAAAUUAGCAUCUGUAACAACACCAGAUCUCCUGAAGUCAGAGCAGAAAAACUGGAAUGAAAUUUCAGGAAGAUACAAAGCUAUGGCAGAAAGAAUUAAGAAAAAAAUAGAAGAAUUGCACAACAAGUAUACACUCAGUUUGGAAAGCCCACGGAACACUGAAUCUAGGUUUUCUAAGGAGAUAAUCUGGCUGUUGGACUUGAAACAAGUUUGUUUUGCAUUUGAACAGAUUAAGGUUGGCGAGAGUGUGUACUUUGAGGAGAAUGGAUGCAUAUUUCUUUCAAAAGCAGAUGAUGUAGAUGAAGGAAAUGUUCACAUUUUAUUCAGUGCUGAAGAUCUUGGCUUUUAUGAUGCCUUUAUUCAACGGAUCAGAAUUUCGCCAGACCAGAGAUACAUGGCUACCAGCUUAAAAAGGGAAAAUUCUGAAGAGGCAACCUGUGUUGUUAUGAAACUUGAUGAUUUCCCUGUCGUGGAAAAAGUAAUUCCAAACAUAUUUAGUUUUGAAUGGGUUACAAAUGAUGUUUUGUAUUACACAAGUGAGAAGAACCUUAAAUGCCAGAAUGUGUUUAUGACCACUUUCACUAAACAGAAACAUACUGAGCUGGUUUAUACAGAACAAGAUGCAAGAUUUUUUGUGGACAUAUACUGCACGAAAGAUAGGCGUUUUCUCACUAUCAACAGCAAUAGCAAGACAACCUCAGAAGUUUGGCUGGUUGACUGUAGACAUCCUUUUAAGUUACCUGUUCUCGUACAAGCACGAACAAAAGGUGUCAUUUACCACAUUGAGCACAGAAAUGAUGAGUUGUAUAUUCUUACUACAUAUGGAGAACCUGCAGAAUAUAAGUUGAUGAAGGCACCAGUAGGUUCCAGUAGCAUGGAGAACUGGCAGCUAGUUUAUGCACUGGAAGAGAAAAACAAGCUAAUAGACUUGGAGAUGUUCAGUGAUCACUGUAUUUUGUUCCUGCAGAAUGCCGGUCAUCUCUACUUAAAUGUGAUCUCUCUUGUUUCACAUUCAGUUCAAUCAAUAAAGCUGCCUGCGUGGGCCUGUGCAUUUGAAUUGGAAUCCCAUCCUGAACAUACCACCAGCACUUGCUAUUUUCAGCUCACCUCCCCAGUACACCCCCCUAAGCGUUUUGCAUAUUCAUUUAAAGAAAAUAAUCUCAUUGAACAAGCUGUGCAAGAGGUACCAAUUAUUACCAACUGUCACACUACACGUUUACUAGCUAAAAGCAAGGAUGAAACUUUGGUGCCAAUUACAGUUUUUCAUAAUAUGAAUUCUAAAGAGCUACACAGGAAACCACUUCUAGUUCAUGUAUAUGGAGCUUAUGGCAUAGAUUUGAACAUGAGCUUUAAAGAAGAGAAGCUGUUGUUAAUUGAAGAGGGUUGGAUAUUAGCAUAUUGCCACGUUAGGGGUGGAGGAGAGCUAGGCCAUAGCUGGCACAAAGAUGGAUGUCAGGAUAACAAACUCAAAGGUCUCCAUGACCUUAAGGCUUGCAUCAUGCUGCUGCAUGAACUAGGAUUUUCUCAGCCAAAAUACACAGCACUAGCAGCUGCCAGUGCUGGAGGAGUUCUUGCAGGAGCCCUGUGCAACAGCGAUCCAGAACUUAUCAGAGCCAUGGUUUUACAGGCUCCUUUCGUAGAUGUUCUAAAUACAAUGAUGAAAACUGAUCUCCCACUGACAAUUGAAGAACAAGAAGAAUGGGGAAAUCCAUUAGUAGAUGAAAAAUGUAUGAAGUAUAUCAAAAGCUACUGUCCUUACCACAAUAUUAAGCCACAGUGUUAUCCUUCAGUUUUUAUAACGGCAUAUGAAAACGAUCAGCGAAUACCACUAACAGGGGUUCUACGGUACAUUCAGAAACUUCGGAAGGCUGCACUAGAUCAUGCCAGCAGAACAAAAAAGAAAGGAAAUUGGAUCCCUAAUAUCAUCUUAGACAUCCAGGCAAAUGGCAGUCAUUGUGACUCAUCUUGGGAGGAUUCACUAAAUGAGGUGGCAAGACAGCUUGCUUUUCUGAAAAAAGAACUUGAGGAUAUGUGAUAUGCCUCCAACAUUACAUCAAAUCCUGCAAAUAGCUGAUAAGCACAUCAACUACCUGAAGAACUUCGUGUCAGUUUUUUAUUUCUAUGAAAGUGAACACCUUCUCCAGAUGGAUCCCUGCUCUGUGAGCAUAAGCAGACCAGAAAUUCAAAGGCAAAGUUGGGUGUGACAUCGCUUUACAAACAUACAAACUGAAUUUCUCCCCUGCCAAAUGGUACAGAAGUACCUGCUUUCAUGUACAGUUCUCUUUAUAAGCAAAGCAUACAGCACUAUACAAGUAGAGCAGUAGUGCAAAACAGUUUGUGCUGAAAGCCCAAGGUAUGAAGCUAUGCACUUUUUACGGGCAGCAUUUCUAAUCUAAGACCUCUCUUCUACAACCAGAUUUUACGCAAGGCAGUAAUUCUCCCGCACAGCUGUAUUUGGUUAAAAAGUCUCAAUAAAGUUCUUGUAAAAAUGAAUCCCCAGCUGUAGGUAAUGAUGAUUAUUGCCCUUCCCAGCUACACAGCAGCCAGAGAGUGCUGAUCAUACAGUGGGGCCAAACAGACUACAAAGAAAAAAUGGACUCUCAAGAAUAGGGAUUUAGAAGUAGCAGAACUCUUUCAGCUGAGUAGAUUUGAAAUCUUGCAAUGGCCUUAAUUAGUACGGUAAAGGAAGUGCCAAAGUCCCUCCAGUAGACAACACAAAUGACUGCCCCAGAAGGAGAUGCAAGAGUCUCUCCAGAGGAGAGAACAAAAAGAAUGCCCCCAUCAGAGCAGCUUGAUGCAUAGCUUUCGUAGUUUCUGAGCAAGGCAGUCUUACACAAGAGUGCUACUCAUUGUUUGGUAAGACAGACACAUGGUACAUAUUCAGAGCUAUUAAGAGCUGAGAGAACAGGGGAAGAGGUAAACCAUCAGAACAUUAUGUACUACUAAUUUAUCUUGCUUUUACCUGUAUUAACAAAUACAGAGCCAUCCCUGUGUAAAGCUCAUUCUAAAGCUACAGAUGUAAAAAUAAGUAACUAAAUAAAAAUGUCAACUGCCA